UUUAACAAAUACUUGACAGGUGAAUUGUGCAUAGAAUAAGCUUUCCGUUGGUUUUGUAUAAGUGUUAUGUGAUGGUUAGCAUAAUCUGUAAACAAAGGGGGCGUUUCCACUAAUCAUACGAGACUUAGUCGAUAAGACAACUGUAUCAAAAAGUUUGAAUUUUGGGAGGAUAUACUGGACGCUAACUGGUGAUAAUCAACUUGAACAUCAUAUAUUAGCAAAAGCUUUCCGUUGGUUUUGUAUAAGUGUUAUGUGAUGGUUAGCAUAAUCUGUAAACAAAGGGGGCGUUUCCACUAAUCAUACGAGACUUAGUCGAUAAGACAACUGUAUCAAAAAGUUUGAAUUUUGGGAGGAUAUACUGGACGCUAACUGGUGAUAAUCAACUUGAACAUCAUAUAUUAGCAAAAGGUUAAUCAUGGGUAGAUGUGCUGAAUACUUAGCCAAGUUUGGACUCAUCUUUUUCAAUAUCAUAUUUAUUCUUUCAGGAAUAGCUGUGCUUGGUGUUGGGAUAUGGGUCGUAGUGGACAACAAUGUUGUGAACAUGCAGAACUUGGUCGAGUUCGACUCCAAUGACAAGUCACUCUUCACAGCGGCAUGUAUUCUCAUUGGUUUUGGCAGUUUCGUUCUCAAUGUCAGUGUGUUUGGGUUCCUGGCAGCUUGUUGUGCUAGCAAAAGCAAAUUCUUCAUUGUUGGAUACCUUGUAUUCCUGGUCAUUAUAUUUAUUGGAGAAUUCGCCGGCGGUAUAACUGCAGCAGUGUCCAAGGGCAAGAUUGGCGAUAAUUUACAAGGUGUGCUAUCGAAAUCAUUUGAGAAAUACAAUCCUGGUAACGAACUUCUACCAAAAGCCUGGGAUUACAUGCAGACAUGGUUGCAAUGCUGUGGCUCGGAAGGACCAAAAGAUUAUACAAACAUAACCUUUACACCCACGACUCAGUACGUUCCGAAAACUUGUUGUAUAUUGUCAAAAAAAGACCCCGAGCAUCCAAAACCAGUAGACGGGACUGCUUGUCAAGAACAGGCCUUACAGAUCCAAAUGGGAAAUGCACCAAUAGGAGAAACAUUUGUGCAAACACAGGGAUGCUAUAACAGUUUGGAAGACAAAAUUAAAUCACAUUUCGGUGUUAUAAUUGGAGUUGCAGUUGGCAUCGCAAUAAUUCAGAUUUUUGGAAUAGUAUUGUCGAUUUGCAUUUGUAGAGGGCGGCGAACAAGUGGUGGCAACGGCGUCUUUUGAUUAGACGUCGGACGCUGUGAAUAUUUACAUAAAAACACUUCAAAGUCAUGAAUUGUAUAUAGAUGUUUGAAUGACAAGAACAUGUUUUGAAAAUCAUGCGAGAGUGCAGAUGUUUGUUUUUGAAAGAUUUAUAAUUUGAACUAGUCUUCACUAUUGUAAAGGCACGCACAUCAUUUUCAUACGUCUGCAAAGACGGGUGGUAAUUUUACACGACGCCAUCAAAAAGCCAAUAAGAGUGCUAGCGCCGUUUUAGGCAGGCGAAUUCGUCCGCCAGACUAUUAUUACCACAAAUUGAAAGUCACAAAGAUCAACCGAGUGCUGAGACUGACAACAUAAAUCAUUCCAUGUGCAAUUCAAAUAGUUCCGUCAUGUAUAUCAGUUUUAACACGGAUUUGUUUAAAGAUUGUUAAACUCGUCUGUUCAAUAAAAACUUUUUUUCAACCA